CCCACCCACCAGGUAUAUCUCCAUCCGCCAGCCAUAGCCCAUCAACCAGGCAUAGCCAAUCCACCAGGCAUAGCCCUUCCACCAGGCAUAGCCCACCCACUAGGUAUACCUCCGUCCACCAGACAUAGCCCCACCCACCCGGCAUACCUCCACCUACCAGGUAUACCUCCACCCACCGGGCAUGGCCCACCCACUGGGCAUAGCCCCACACAGCAGGCUCAUCCCUAUCCACCAAACUAGCUCCCUCCGCCAAGCACAGACCCCUCCGUCCAUCAGGUGGCAUCCAUAUUCCGGCGCCCGCAGCCCGGCAGGAGGCGCCCCGCGGACCUUUGGCUGUCUGUCGCCUGCCGCUUUCGAUUCUACCAGGUCUGGGUCGCGCCUCUCGGAAGGUCCAGCGCCGGCCCCGCCCUCGGCUUCCUCCGGGGCAGCGGGCGCGGAGCAGCGCGGCGAUGCUCUUCCCCUCCUUCUUUCCAUCCCUUUCCCUGGCCUUUCCUCCUUUCCCUUUUCUGCUCCUCUUCUCCGUGCCUCAUUAGAUCAACACAGAAUUUUUCGGGCAGUUCCUCUGUGCCAGAUGUGGUGACAGUAAAGGGAUUAAAGCAGGAACAAAGCCAAGAUGGGAAAGGCAGGGAACGAGUUGGAGCGAUGCCAGAGGCAGGCGGACGAGGUGACGGAAAUCAUGCUCAACAACUUCGACAAAGUCCUGGAGCGUGACGGGAAGCUGGCAGAGCUGGAGCAGCGUUCAGACCAACUCCUGGACAUGAGUUCAGCCUUCAGCAAGACAACCAAGACCCUCGCCCAGAAGAAGCGCUGGGAGAAUAUCCGCUGUAGGAUCUACAUGGGGCUGGCGGUGGCAGGUGGCCUACUCAUACUUUUGAUUGUACUGCUGGCCAUCUUUCUCCCGAAGAGAAGUGGGGACAGCAGUGCCCCACAGGCCCAGGACACAGGCGUUGCCUCAGGGCCUGGGGACUGACACAGCAGGCCUGGGGGAGAGGCUGAAGGGCUUCAGUGGUCAGCUCUGGUCUCCAGAGAACCCUGGURUUUGUCCCCUUCUGAGCCACCCCAGUGACACCAAAGGGCAACCCUGAGACGUGCACCACUGCACCUCCCAUCUUGCCACAGACUGGUCCUCAGUGGCAGCUUGCCGCACCAGCAACACCAGGCCAGCCCCACUGGAGCUCAGUAAAAGCCACUGUCUGGCUAAAA